AUGUCGUUCACUUCUCAGGACAAAAAGUUCCCGAUCACGAUCGAACUACCGGCAUAUUCUGAGCUGUAUGCUCUGAAACUGGAGUUUGAACUGAUGGAAAAUGCUACGGAAAAGGGUUCCACGGAAGAAUCUGCAAUAUUCAUAGGGGAAUCAGUGCCAAACGAAGUUGCUAAUGCCAAAGUCAAGCUAUCGCCAACACAAUCGGAAAACCACGCUACACUUGACGUAAAAUGGUCAACCCCCGAAGAACCCAACGGUGUUAUCGCUGGAUAUAAG